AAGAGAAGGAAUUCGGCAGACGGGGAAUGAACGGGUUCGUUCGGAACAUGCUCCAAAUUGUUCGGAUGUUUUGUGAUGUGGGAGACGGCGCAUCUGACAAUUCGGACCAUCGCUUUCGCUUCAAAUUCGAGUGCUGCUCCUGCUUCCGAGCUUUAUGGAAGGGUACGGUUAUCAUCGGAUGCCGACCAUUCGACUCGAAGGCCCGCCCUUCCCUUUCUUGCUUCCUUCUCCGACCGAACUGGACCUAGGUCCUGUUUCUCGUAAAUCCCUACACUCUCAUUCGCGCCUCGUCUCGAUCUCUCUGUUGCUGCUGCUGCUGCUCGUUUUCUGGCGAGUUUUCGAUCGAUGCACCUGCUCACUCAAUCAAUUCACGCCCAAGCCAUUCUUCCAGAGCUGAUCGGCACUCCGGUAGUGGCUGCGCACGGAGUUCCUCUUGCUUUCACUUUCUGGACACAAGUACAAGGAGGCAAGGAACGUCGACAUUGCGAGUAAAGCAUCGAAUCAUCUUGGGGGACUUGCGAAAUAUCCAUCGGGUCGGAUUGGAAGUGGUCAGCGGAUUCGAUUGGACGAGAGAAAGAGAGAGGGAGGAUGGAAGAAAACAUGUACGUUUUGAUGCACCGCUAUCAUGAUAGAGAGUACGACCUACGGGCUACGAGGAAUGAGACCAAUUGAGCACGUAGACGACCUGCAGUUCAUUGACCCGCGUGGCUGGCCGUCAUGGCCAUGGGUUGCAAUUGGGCGGUCGUUCUCCUGAUUUUAAUUUGUGAUUCGGUGGCGUUUGGUCUGGCCAUCGGAGCUGAACAACACAGAAGCACGGCUACUGUCGAAUACAACACUGUCGGGGCAUAUUACUACUGCGACUACACGACAGACAUGUCGUCUGCAAUGGGAGCUGGAGGAUUCGUAGCCCUCCUCGUCGGUCAUUUGAUCGUCAUGGGGGUGACCAAGUGUAUGUGCUGCGCUAAAGCCGAGCUCAGUGCUCUGCACGGUGGACCUAAAGCCUGCGCCGUUGUUUGCUUCCUCAUGGUGUGGCUUUCGUGGUUCAUAUCGAGCGUGUGCCUGCUGGCGGGGGCGAAUCGCAACUCGGUGCACACCAAAACUCAGUCCAUCGAUAUCAAGAACAUUCCCAUCACUUGCGAGAUGAUGCGUAAGGGCACUUUCGGAGCUGCUGCCGCGUUCGCCUUUUUCGACAUCAUUUUUUCCGAGGUCUACUACAUUUUGAUGACCAAGAAUCCUCCCACAAACGCUGGCAGCGGGACGAAUCCCAACUGGCAGGCCCAUGGCGUUGGCAGCGUGGGAUCGGGUUCAGCCAUGCCCCCGCAACAAUCUCCCUACGCAUUAUAGUCGAUCGAUUGUUCGUCCUCCGCCGUCGAGUCCCAGGAUUGGAGGCCGAGAGAGGGUUUAGUUUCCAGGACCAGCUCUUGUGACGAGGACAGAUUCCCACCAUCCCUCCGUCGCUCGGCUCCAUGAUUCUUUCCCUAUCACAAAGUGUACUAAAACAUUGCGAUUGAUUCGAUGAGCAGUUUCCCUCCGAAUCGUACACAGCUCUGCAUUUAGUCGGCCUUGACUACGAUGGUUGUACCGACGGUCAAAGCAACACAUGAUCGAGAUGUACCAUUUGUACUGAGUGCAAGUUAUGACCUUUCACACAUCUUCUUGUAAGCUUCAGAGGAAGUGUAGAGUCUACUCUCCUUUCCUUUGUACAUAGGAGUCUUCACUGUUGACUCCAGCUUACAAAGGAACGAGGCUUCUUGCGGGAACAUGAAAGCGCUCUUGAAAGUUUUCACAGUGUGCAUGGUCUGUUUGUUCCGAUAGAUUGGGAACACCUCAAUAGUCGCGGUUCACAUGGUGGUUCACAUGUUGGCGGUAGUCAUCGACUGCUGGCCAUAAUUUCGUUUUCACUUACUGUAAAACCUCCUCUGCUUAAGCGGCGAUAUUUUGCAUAACACCAAAAUGGAAACGACCAUCUCGAUGUGCCUCCAUUAUUCAGGUGGGGAAAUUAUCUCGCACUGAGCAAUAGUUAGGUCAAGGAAAAUCUCGAAAAUUUACGAACAAUUCCACACUCGCGGCUUACGAAUACAGAUUGUCUGCUCCUCUUUGAACGGACUAGAUUGAGGAAGGAGGUGCCUGCUACACAUCUAAUUGAUGUCAUGAUCUAGGAAAGAAAAUAUCACGU